GGUCGUUUUUCUAGGUACAGGACUCUGGUUCUUCUGGUCCCUUCUUUUGCUGAGUUUAUUUGGGAUCCUGACUGCCUACUCUUCAUUGCUUUUAUUGUUGACUGAAGUGUUAUUAUGGCACAUGACUGAGAUUUUUUUUCUGUUUCCCCAGAUCCUGACUCUGCUAGUGAUUGUGGUAUGCACGUUUUUUAUGUUGAUUUUGAGCAUUUACUGGAAAGACAGGUGGCUGACAUUUGGGCUCUCACUGAAGAUGUUUGCUCCCUACAUGCACCUGAGCAGCAUAACCGUGAUGGUGGUCCUUUCCUGGCCUGUGGCCUUCUACUUGAUCCAUUUGGAACAAGAAGCUAGAAUGAGAAGACGCAAGAUGACACAGUACGAGAGAAAAAGAAUGAAGAGAUUUAAUAUACUCACAAAGUUGAGAGCUAUACAAGUGGCUAUUGGAUUGCCCUUUUUUAUUAUUAUUUUGUGUCUCUAUUUGGCACCACUGGGGACUUAUUCUCCCUGCAUUCAGGAAAAGGAUAAAUUGGGACCCAAGCCAGACUUCUUUGGACAUAGAGGUGCACCCAUGCUGGGGCCUGAGAACACCAUGAUGUCCUUUGAGAAAGCUGUGGAAAACGGGGUCUUUGGGCUGGAGUCUGAUGUAUACUUAAGUUAUGAUGAGGUGCCUUUUCUCAUGCAUGACAAUGACCUGAGAAGAACAACGAAUAUCAGGGAGGUUAUGCCAAAUGCCUCACUAACGUCUGGUUCCUUCUUCCUUUGGGAUUUCCUGUCGACUCUGAAUGCUGGCAAAUGGUUUGUACAAUUACAGUCCAAACCAUUUUACAACAUGAAACCCUUAUCAAAGGCUGACAGAGAAAAAGCUAUGCGUCAGAUGAUUCCAAAACUAAGUGAUUUAUUGGAACUUGCGCAGAAGGAGAAAAAGAUUGUGAUGUUUGAUCUUAAUGCGCCUCCACCAAAACAUCCCCUCAGAAACACGUUUGUCCGCCGGGUAGUAAGCGUGAUCCUUGACUCUAACAUUGAGCAACAUCGGAUUUAUUGGUUGACAGCUUUUGAUAGGCAGUAUGUCAAGUUGAAAGCUCCUGGUUUUCAGCAAGUAGGCCGAUUAUACUCCAUUGAACGCCUUACAAAAGAAAAUAUCACUAAAAUAAACGUUGACUACAAGAAAUUGUUCUACAGUGGGUUGAGAGAUUAUAAAGCAGCUAACAUCAAUAUCAACAUAUACCUUGUCAAUGAACCUUGGCUCUACUCACUGGCAUGGUGCUCCAGUAUUCAUUCAGUGACCACAGAUAACAUUCAGCUCCUGAGGCAAAUCAAUCACCCUUACUUCUUCAUGACACCGAGUUACUAUAUGUUCGUGUGGUUUCUCAUGGAUGGUGUUUCUGCAGUUUUCAUUAUUGCCAUAUUUUAUUUUCAUUGGUGGAGAGGAAAGAAAAAAGAAAAAGCCUUGGAAAGCACCAGCAGUCAAACAGAUACUGAGAUACUCCAAAGGGGAAAAAGUAAGAAUCAAUACGCUUCAAAUUUAUCCAUAGAGCCUCCGCCCCGAAUUUUGGAAAGCCCUUGGACUCUAAAACCCCUCCACCCAGCUUUAUCCAACAGAAUAAGGAAACACCCAGGCCCUCGCCACUUUGUGGUGGCCCCCAAGAAGACAGACAGAAAGCCAGAGUCAGUCAAGGAAACCAUAAAACCACUGAUGCCUGCAAAGGAUAAUGUUAGACAACUAAUAUCCUCCAAAGCCUUUGAACCCGUCCAGACACCCACCUGGAGUGCCACCAGAGAGUCCACACUCCAAACUACAUUGUCUGCUUUGAAGGCAGAUGAACCAACAGUUUCCUCCAUAGAGGCUCCUCAUCCUGAAACACAGCGUAAAAGGAUGCCCACUAUUGAGUCCCCCUAA